ACUCUUUGCUACAAAAUUUCACAAACAAACAACAACCUCUCUUCUUCUUUUUAUUAAUUGAUUAAUUAUUAUUAUUGUUUAGUAUAAUGUAAGCCACAUUAGGUGAAAAACGAUGCUAUUGAAAGCAUCUCUUUGCUUAAAAAAUUGCAUUUGGUAACCAAUUAAGUCGUUGUUCUUUCGCUUUCUAUAUCUGAUUAAACUCUCACACUCUUGACCCUCUUUUACUUGUUUCUUUGACUCCUUCUGAAGCAAUCCUUUUUAACUCUCUCUUUCUUAAGCUAUUUAUUAUGUUGGGUCUUGUGUUAUUCCCUUUGAUUUCCGAUAAUCAGCUUCAAUUGGGAAGUGGGUUGUUGAAUUGGAGUUGAAUUUUUUGGAAUUUGAUAUGGUUGUCACUGAAAGAUUGAAGCUUUGGUUGUUUGAGAAGAGGGAGUUGGGAAUUUUGUUCCAGAUUGCAUUUGGUUGGUGGGUUGUUCUAAUGUUAAUUAGUCCUGUGGAUGGUUUAAGGCCCUUAAGGGAGAAAACUCGGUCUUGGGGUGAUGAGUUGCUAUUUACAAGAAAGGACGAGAGUGACAUAGGUCCAUUUUCGCAAUGGAACAUAACAGGAACUUACAAAGGGACAUGGAAAUUCUUAGAUACCACAAAUGGCUCUUCCAGAUUUCCAGAUAUCAGAAAAACAAAAGGCGAUUCCAUAAUUGAAUUAAGUAGUACACACACAAAGAUAACUGGAGUACAUUAUGUCCAUGGAGUAGUUAUAUUCGAUGAUUUGUUUGACAAUGGACAUGAUGUUGGUGGUGCUCAAAUCAGAUUUGAAGGUGUAUAUAUAUGGCCUUUUAAACAGCUCAGAAUGGUUGCCAGCAGUGAAAAAGAAGGAGAGUUGAAUCAGGAUGAAGAUUAUAUUUUAUCUAAUCCAUAUCAUCUACUUGGAGCUUUUUCAUCUCAAGUACUGCAAGAUUCGUCGCAUGAUAAGACAUGGAGAAGAAAACAUUGUAAUUUAUCUAAGAAAUAUGUAUGCUUUGAAGGCAGAUCCUUCCUUAAGUUGUUGUUUACUAUUUGCUUUUUUUCCCUCGCUGCAGCUCUGAUGCAUGACAUGGAGAAACAUUGCAAUGCUGAAAUUUCUGCAAAGGUUUCACACUUGCCAUCAUCACAAAAAGAUGGCGAGCAUGAUCAUUUUACACUAGAAGGGUUAAUGGAGAGUCCCUCGGUGGAUGGCGACAGGGACUGCUUGUCACCAUUACUAUUAAAUGCAACUUCUGUUAAAGUUGAGGUCUACUAUAACAAAGCAGUGAACUAUACCUUGAUGGUUACUUUUGUCUCAUUUUUGCAAGUUCUUCUAUUGAUUCGUCAAAUGGAGCAUAGCGGCACUCAAUCUGGGGCUGCUAAGGUUUCAAUAUUAAUGAUUGGCCAACAGGCGAUAAUGGAUGCCUAUCUUUGCCUCUUACAUCUGACUGCGGGAAUACUAGUCGAAUCCUUGUUUAAUGCUUUUGCAACUGCUGCAUUUUUCAAGUUCGUGGUCUUCUCAAUAUUUGAGAUGAGAUAUCUACUUGGCAUCUGGAAGGCCGGUAGGCCUUUGAGUAACGGCGAAGGCUGGGAGACUAUGAGGCGUGAACUUUCAGCUUUAUACAGUCGUUUCUAUGGGAUACUGUUAGGAGGCAUUCUACUUGUGUAUGAGUUCCAUAAUCAUUUGAAACCAGUUCUUCUUCUUAUGCACUCCUUUUGGAUACCUCAGAUAAUCAGUAAUGUUAUCCGUGAUUCACGCAAACCCUUGCAUCCUCAUUAUACAUUAGGGAUAACUGUUACUCGGCUAGCAAUCCCAUUAUAUGUAUUUGGUUGCCCUAACAACUUCAUGCGCAUAGAACCCGACAAGAGCUGGUGUGUUUGUUUGUCUGUAUUUGUCGUGCUUCAAGCUGUGGUUGUUCUCCUUCAGCACUAUCUUGGAUCGCGCUGGUUCAUUCCUCGACAGAUUCUACCUGAGAAAUACAGCUAUUGUAGGAUGUUUGAUCAUGAUACAAGACAUGCUACAGACUGUGUCAUUUGCAUGACAGCCAUUGAUCUUUCCCGAAGAACAAAUGACUGCAUGGUGACACCUUGUGAUCAUUUCUUCCACUCUGGUUGUUUACAAAGAUGGAUGGAUAUAAAGAUGGAGUGUCCAACUUGUCGUCGCACUUUACCACCUGCUUAAUGACCCUUUCACUGUUAAUGUCAAUAGGAUUAACUAACCCUGCUCAUUUUAUAGUUCAACAAUAUGCUUAAUGCAUUCAAGUUUUACAUUGUUUUGCUUUUGAUAUUUUACAAGAGAGAAGUGAAAUCUCACAGGCUUGAGUCCUCAACCAUUUCUUGUGAAGUUGAGGAAUGGAGAUAGAAAGUCUUAUAGAAAUUUUGUAUUUUGAUUUUUCCACCUUAUUCCAGAUGCUGAGAAUAUAUAAUUUGUACAUAUUUUGAAUAACAAUCAAUAUAGUUGAAUUUCUUUUUCCGAGAUACGAAA